AUGGACACACACAGUCUGCGCUUCUCCAAGGAAGGAACUUUUCAAAUCACGGUCUUCUCAGACCUCCACUUCGCAGAGUACGAAAAUACCGCUCAGGGCGCUAAGCAAGACUCAAGAACCGCCGGGGUAGUCCGCAAGGUUCUGCAGCAUGAAGCCUCUACGCAACUUGUCGUGCUUAACGGCGACUUGAUUUCUGGCUACGGCACCACAUCAGACAAUGCGACGCGGUAUUUGGAUCAGGUGCUCGCGCCGAUCCAAGCGCUUGGCUUGCCGUGGGCCGUCACGUACGGGAACCACGAUAACGAGCGCUUUGCUAGGUCGAGGGAACUGCUGGACUAUGAGAGCAGGACGUACCCAAAUUAUAGUCUCACGAGGAAUAUGGGGCCGCGAGACUUGGAAGCAGGGGUCUCGAAUUACUACCUGGAAGUAUUUGCAGCCGAGACUUCGCACGUUCCUGAGAUGCUUCUAUGGUUCUUCGAUAGUAGGGGCGGAGCUCAGCCUCAUGACUGGGUACAUGACUCGGUUGUUCAGUGGUUCAUAGACACAAAUGCCAACCUCACUAACAAGUAUAACAAAGCGGUCCCAUCGAUUGCGUUCUUUCAUAUCCCCAUCACUGCGACGUACGACUUCCAGCUUUACCCCGGUGUCGAUACAAGUAGAGAGCCUGGAAUCAAUGGUGAGAAGGUCUGGUGGCAAGGUCGCGGCUACGACGGUAAAACAGGUCACGAUCUGAAAUUCAUGGCGGCGUUGUCCGCCACAGAAGGAAUGCUGGCUACAUUUAGUGGGCAUGACCAUGAUAACGACUGGUGCUUCAAGUGGAAGAGUCCGAGUGCCACGUCGAGCAGCGCGGGCCUCAACGUGUGCUAUGGCCGCCACACCGGGUACGGCGGGUACGGUGGCCUGGCCCGAGGUGCUAGACAGAUUCUUCUAAAGCAAAGUACCAUCAAAGACGAAGUGGCGACGUGGAUCCGACUGGAGGAUGGGCUUGUCCCUGAAAAUGUCACACUGAAUGCGACUUAUGGACAGGAUGAAUACCAUCCUCACCAGCUUCCACAACGAACCGAGCUGAAAAGGAACAUAGACAUGGUUGAGGAUAUGAGUCAGGGAAUCCAGCUCCAUUUACCAACACUAUAUCUUCUCAGUCUUGUUCUGUUUUGGUGGAAAUUCAACUGGUGAAGAGAAAGGCUGCGGAUGGCCAACUUAAAAAGUUAGAAAACAUACAGCUCCAAGUAGAUCUGCCAGGCUAGAAAUCAAGAUAAGCCACUGGGUAUGCUGCACUCAGCCCAUAGUGGCUCUAAUCCAGGUGCAAGA